AUGGUGUCGCGUAAGCGUGCCAGGGAGGAAACCGAGCCUCAGAGCGCCCCAGAGCCCCAGGAACAUGGCCUUCUUCAUCAGCUGCGGAACAUGUGGGAGUUCCCGAACUUGAUGCAGUACAUAUAUACAUUUGGCAAGCCGAUGAAGCUUGAUGAUGAUAUUGAUAUAGAGGAACUCGAGACAGAGUGCCUUAAACCUGGACACUCGGAGAGGCUGCUCAAUAUCGGCCUCAAUCUUCUCAAAUUUGUCUCCUCCCACCGUGGUCUCAACUACGACAAUUUUGAAGAGUACACACGGCGGCAGUACCUCGCGAAAGCGCCUCUCCGCAACCCAUUUGGAGACGAUGAGGUCCCAUUAAAGUUUCACCAACUAGAUAUCUUCCAGAGAAUACGCGUUUUACAACAGCUGUCCGCAUGGACCCUCUGGAAUCCGGAUCGGUUUCGAGAGCGCAUGGGAGAAGUUAAAGAAUCAGAACAAUUACAAUGGAGAAUUAAUGAAAUCGGAUAUGACCGUGAUGAACACCAAUAUUAUGUCCUUGAUGAUAAUCGUCUAUACCGUCGCAUAGAACCUCAGAUUCCGCCCGAGAGACCUGUGAAACGGAAAGCAAACAGCAGGAAAGGUCGAGCUGGCGUCCGCGCAUCAAAACGGAGAAAAGUUCUCGAUACCCCCGAUGAAACCGAUGGUCAGGAGGAUGAGGCUGAUGCUACCCCAUCAGCGUCAAAGGGUAACCGAGACUACGAAUGGGAAUGUGUUGCCAUCACAUUGAAUGACUAUAACAUAUUCAUUGACUCGUUAAAAAAAUCGAAGGACCUAAACGAACAGGCUCUGCAUGAGCGCCUCGUGGAAGAUGUAUUGCCUGUCAUUGAAAAAGUAGAGGAACUACAGCAAAAGAAGGCUCUACGCAGAGAAAAGGAGCUAGUAGCCCUAGAAAAACUAGCCACUGCAAAGAGAUCUAGUAGAAUUGCUAGCAAACAAGACAGAAUACGCCAGGAACAACAGGCAGCAGAGGAGGCUAAACAGCGGGAAACUGAACGGAUUGCUGAACAAAAGGCCAAGGAGAAGGCUCAGAAAAUUGAAAAGGAGCGUCAGUACCGCUUAAUGACUCGUGAACAACGCCUGAAAGAUCGUGAGGAGAAGAGGAAACAGCAGGAAGAAGAGCUGGUUCGUCUGACUGAAAAGGCCAAGCUGGCUGACGAAGGUGAAGCGAGAUUGUCACGCCGGAAUUUCAAUGCUGAGCUGGAAAAGCGGCAGAAGGGUUUGGAGAAGCUCGAGGUUGAAGAUUGGACAUUCGACUGUUCUGGUUGCGGUAUUCAUGGAGAGAACCUGGAUGAUGGAUCUCACAGCGUUGCAUGCGACAAGUGCAAUGUGUGGCAGCAUAGCAAAUGCCUUGGUAUCCCCCAAGAAGAGGCAGAGAAGGACGACUUCCACUUCAUAUGCAAGGACUGCCAGAAGCGCAUUGAAGAAGCCAAACGGCCCAAGAUUCCACCGUUGAAGUUUCGCAUUACAUCGUCAGCCUCACCUCCUUCCAAGAGAGAGUCUCAGCCUGAAAAUGGCUCCGUUUCCACCAAGAAUCAACUCACUAGCAACCAGAACGCUCCUUCAAUCCAGCAAUUUCGCCCGGCCCCAAUGGAGCCACGCCUAUUUACAUCAAAUCCUCCACCUGUUGCAUCUCAUCAGAUAUAUGUUCAAAACGGUGCUCCUCCCCAACCGACAUAUCCACCCGCCUCUCAGUCAAAUGUUGCUACCCCUUAUGGGCGCCAGCCUGCGACCACUCACCCCCUACCUCAAGCUUCAAUCCCCAGAAACAUGAUGUCCUCUUUCAGUAGCCAGCGUCCCACCUCUUCUGGCUCUAUACCCAGCAAUUUCCCUUCCCCAGUCCAGAAUCGGCCAUCUAUGUCCCCAACUCAAGGCAAUGGAGAUGUUGGCCCGCUUGCCGGGUUCCCACCCGCUCCCGUCCCAGCUCCUGCUACCGCCACACCUUCUCCUGGAACAAAUGGCACAUAUCCAGGUACUCCAUACAAUUGUAACGCUAAUGGAUACUCUCCAUAUUCUUCAUUCCAACUUCAGCAACCACCCCAACAGCAGCAGCAUCAGAGCCGCUAUCAGGGGCCACAGCAACAGCUCCAGCGACAACAAUACCGCCCAUCAAGUCAAUCCCCAAGUGCCUCUUUCUCAUCCGCGACCUAUCCUCAAACUUCUUUUAGCCAAACGCCUCCAUCAAACCGUUACUCUCCUGGAAUUCCUAUGUCUGGACUUAGUCCUACAAAACACUCCCCUGCCCGUCCGGCUUCUUUCAGCGAAGUCAGUGUUCAGCCAGUUGUUCCCCCUGUGCAGAGGCUACAACCUAGCCCGAAGCUGAUGGGUAGGGCAUCUCCGGACGCUCCUAUCCCAGCUCCCGUGAAAUCCAUGGUCCCAGAGACAAUGCCGACAAAUAAUAGAAUGCCGCAACAACAAUAUCCCGCUGGAAAAUUGAAUUAUUCUACACCCUCAUCUACACAUCCGAUAUCAUUCGAACAAAGGCAACCAGAGUCCCAAGACCAAUGUUCCCCUAGAAAAUCCGGUUGA